AUGGGCCACCCCACCUGUGGAACAAGGUUCCGUUGGAACAACAGGCCUCCUUUCAGUCUCGUUUUGAUCAACGUAAUUUUUAUUGGUGGCUUUGUUUGCAUCUUUUACCUUUUCUACCUGGACAAUCUCACCGUCCCACAAAUCCUCGCCUUGCCAAUUUUCCAAGUGAUUAGUCGCUUCAAGGAAAACGCUACAGAGGAUACAAUAGUUUUGCCCGAUAUAACAUGGAUGGCGCUUACAGAAAAUGGAUUAAGCGAAUUUGACAAGCUGUACGGUCCGAGGGUAAUUUUCUUUAUUGAAACCUCCGGCACCAGCAGACUGAAUCCUCGAGUGGUGUGCGCCGUCGAGUCGGCCGCUAAAACCAAUCCAAAGGCAAUGGUUUUGCUCCUUUUGACACAUCCUGUGCGAAUGCUCAAACUGGAAAGCAAUCGAGCCCUGAUUAAGGUUCUUGCUAAUUACACUAACGUCAAAGUUGUCACAAUGGACUCAACGCAAAUUCUUUUGGAAUCAAACUACAGAUCCCUGGUGGAGCUGGAUAAGCACACAAAUUCAAAUAGUGCAAACGUUCACACAAGCGACUUUCUCCGCAACCUGAUGGUUCUCAUAUUUGGUGGAAUUUACUUUGACACUGACUACGUCAUCGUUAACGACCUCUCACCCCUUUUUGAGCAGCAAAACUUCAUUCCGUACACCCAGAGCGGCGAUUUAAUCGGAAAUUUUGCAUUUGGUUUUCGAAGGCAGCACCCAUUGCUGCAAUUGGUUGUUAAAAAAGCUGCCAAACAUUAUGAUCCAAAAGUUUACAUAUCGGGGCUAAUCGCUUAUGUUAACGGCGUUUGCGAAUUUUACAAUUUGACUCACAUCUGGCAAGCCCGGGAUGCGAAAAAACUUGGCGACGUUCUCGUCCUCAACAGUACGGUGCUCACCCCUCUUGACUACCCUUAUUUUGAAAUUUUCUACCACGAAGGGAAAGCAUAUCUUGCUGAACAGUGGGUCAAAAGUUCUUUAGCAGUCCACUUUUGGAACCAGAUGAAUCUGAUGCGUUCCAAUUUAAAACUGGAACAAAACUCGACUGCUCCUUAUGCUGCUCUUGCUAGGCAGUUCUGCCCAGUGGCAUUUUCAAAUUGUGGAAAACUUUUUUGA